AUGAUGCGCUCCCAGCUCCAAGCCGUCGGCCGCCUGGCCAAGCCCUCCGUUGCCGCUCCCAGACUCGCAUCCGCAGCUCGCAGCCAGAUCACCAGCACCGCCUCAAAACCGACGACGACGACGACAAGAACCCUCGCAACCGCGACACGCACUACCUCGAGACCGAUCGUACACCUCUACCCCGCCCUCUCCUCCUCGCAAUACCGCUCCUUCAGCACCACCCGCAUCCAGCAUGGCGAGGUCAUCAUCACCGUCCCGCAAAUGGCCGAGUCCAUCACCGAGGGCACCAUCGCCUCCAUCGGCAAGCAGGUCGGCGAUCGCGUCGAGGCCGACGAGGAGGUUGCCAGCAUCGAGACGGACAAGAUCGACGUCGCCGUGAACGCACCCGAGGAGGGCACCAUUGUCGAGCUCUUCGUCGCUGAGGGCGACACCGUCGAGGUCGGACAGAAGCUCGCGCGAUUGGAGACGGGCGGCGCCCCGGCCGAGAAGAAGGAAGAGACCAAGAAAGCCGACGAGCCCGAGAGCAAACCCGAACCCGCCGCCGCGCCGGCCCAGGAGCAGAAGAAGGAGCCCGAGGCGCCCAAGAAGGAGGAGAGCAAGCCCGCGCCGGCCGCACCACCCAAGCCCGCCGCCGCUCCCCAGCAGCAGCAGCAACAACAACAACAACAACAGAAGCCCGCCUCCGAGGUCCCCUUUGGCGCGACGGGCGCCUUCUCCCGCGGCGAGCGCACCGAGAAGCUGCCGCGCAUGCGCAAGACCAUCGCCACCAAGCUCAAGCAGUCCCAGAACGCGACGGCGUCGCUGACGGCCAUCGAGGAGGUCGACAUGACCAACCUGAUGGCCUGGCGCGCCAAGAACAAGGAGGCCGUCAUGAAACGCUACGGCGUCAAGCUGGGCUACAUGGGCGCCUUCACCAAGGCGACGUGCCUGGCCGCGCAGCGGGUGCCCCAGCUCAACGCCUCCAUGGACACCGAGAAGGAGAUUAUUACGUACAGGGAUUACGUUGACAUUAGCAUCGCCGUCUCUGCGCCCAAGGGUCUCGUCACGCCUGUGCUGCGCAACGUGGAGAGCUUGGAUAUUGUGGGUAUCGAGCGUGGCGUCGCUGAGCUGGCUGACAAGGCCCGCAAGAGCAAGCUCGCCAUGCCCGAUCUCGAGGGCGGUAACUUUUCCAUCAGCAAUCCCGGAAUCUUUGGCUCGCUGUUCGGAACACCCGUCAUCAACUACCCCCAGGCCGCCAUUUUCAACAUGAACGGCAUCAAGGAGCGCGUCGUCGUCGUCGACGGCAAGCUCGAGAUCCGCCCCAUGAUGUAUAUCACCGUCACCUACGACCACCGCCUCAUCGAGCAGCGCGAGGCCGAGGCCUUCCUGGGCGCCGUCAAGGGUUACGUUGAGGACCCCUCCAGCCUCCUUCUCUGA